GCGAUGCUGGUGGCGCUGCAAUCUCAUUUUUUCUACAGCAGUCCACUGUCGAGGGUGCGCUGGAGAAGACGAAUUUCAAGCUGGCUCCGCCGAGUUUCUGAUCAACCAUCUUCGCCACAUCAAAUCCCCGCACCGCUUUCCCUUGUUUCCACCACGGCGCACUGAUGCUUAACUUCUCCAUUCGGUGUGAGCUGCACUUGAUGUAGCGAGUUGGUUGCCUUUUGUCGAAGAUCGUUGGACACCGACCUUGUGUUCGAUCGAUUGCUACGGCAGGAGUUCACAAGUGUUGGCUGGUUGCACCAGACUUCGGGUUCGUAGCAGUUGCGGUGCUUGCUGAUUGUGAGUCGCGAAAGAGGAGGAUGUCUGCGUUAGCGCAUUGGAUAAGGAACGUGCAAUUCAUUGCGUGUCCGUGAUGUUUCAUAUUGAUGCAUAGUUUUGAUGAAAGCCGAGGAGCGUUUGUCUUUAUGCGAAAUACUAGUGUUGGACUGCCCGCGCUACUUUGGUUUCUUUCAUGGUCUAAUCUCUGCUCUCUAGUUUUUCGAAGCGGCGUUCGGGUCAAGUGAUUUAUAUCACACCAUUCUUUGGUAUCGAAAAAUUGAUUACAGCAUUUAGGUUGACUGGCAACUGUGUGGCUAAGCAAUUGAAUGAUUCGGGGGACUGCCCCAUCGCUAGUUCGGUUCCAGGUGUUAAAGAUCAUGGAGAGUCGGUUGCAGAAAGUGAGGUUGUAGUAGUCAUAUUCUCGAAUGGAGUUGUUGAAAGGUUUCAAUUCAGGUUGCACCAGGUUUUAAAAAAUUAAGUGAUGGGGAAGUGCAAGCAUCAUCCACAGUCCGUCAUCCCCGGUGAUGGCAUCUGCCCAAGCUGCUUACAGAAGAAGCUAAACUCCGUGUGGCGAGGGGAAAGUUACUCUGAUGUGUCCGCCAAGGACACAGUAAGCUAUAUGGCCCCGCAUCGAUUAUCAACCGGCGAGCCUAUUCAUCCACAGGAAGCGAUUUCGGUGAUUGGAUCUAUAGCCAGCAUCACAAAGAGGAGCCAUUUGAAGCAGUUCGGCCGGAACACGGCGGGGUUGAACAUCGACAGCAGACGUGCGGACGAUGUGCACACACUUAGAAAGGCCCCACAUCCUUCAUUCGAUAGAGGGGACGCGGGUGUAAAGGCCGAAGCCGUAGGGGUGAGUAUGUCAGGUUUAAGAACAGAACCCCGCAAGUUAUUUCAGGAUAGAGCGGGUUUUACGCAGGAUUGGACGGAGCUCUACACUAAGCGGCGCUCCGACGUCUCACCGUCAGCCGGCUCCAGGCUGGUGUCGAACACCGUCUCCGGCGGACUUAGUGUGGGAUCCCGGUCGAAGCCUCUGGUGGAUCGAAUAGCUAAGGAGACAGCCAUGCGAGUGAUCAGAGAAGUUGGCGAUCGGCCGGUCGAGGAAGCGGAAGGCAUCAGCCCCGCCAAUCGAUACCGCGAGCGGAGCAACCUCGCCGAUUCUGAUUCCAGUAGGAUGCCUCAUGAAAAGGCUGGUAGUGUAAGUCCCCUACCUUGGCAUAGCAAAAUCCGAUCCAAGUGGGUCAAGGGACUCGGAAGUCCGAUGAAUUCCAGCAACAAGAUAUUCCCGAGCAAAUCCGUCGAGACUGUGCAGAAAUCUCAGGUUCACAGCAGUAGUCCAGCAAGGGAGCAUUCGAGGCCAAAACCUGCCAGAGGCGAUAAGAAGGCUUCGAAUCGUGUAAACCUCCAGAUCUACAACGUGGAACACGAUAGCGACAUCUCAUCCCUCCGAGCGAAAGCUUCCAAGGCUUCGGAGACCGUUAUCGAGGGGAUGCCUGAUCAGAUUCUGAGGCCCGAGGAUAUGAAGCAGCGGUUGAGGACCUCACACAAUACUGUGCUUCUGUGGCUACAGGAUCUACCAUGUCCACAAUCGUCGCCGUAUCACACAUCCGAUGGGUGGGAAGAUCCAUGUUCUUCGUCCUCCGACUGCGCGAUGGAGACGAGGAACAAUGAUCUUUACCACGAGGAUCUUACUCUUGUGGGGCAUCUGCAUGAGAUUGCGGAGGAGCAUGAAUACUUCGAGGAAUGUAGCGAAGAGCAGGAAUUACGAACGUCCACAACCAACCAUCUGAGUGAUGUCUCUUCUUUCGGCAAAUUCCUCAUCAGAGCUGCACAGCGUCAGCCAAAAGAAGGGCUCUCCAGAGUUGCUCUUGCCACCCCAGCCCGGUGAAGAUUGCACGAUAUCAGCAGCGCGAAUUGCUUUCCAUUCCCUGAGGUGUCCAAGUGGGAUUAUCUAGUCAAAGGAAGGCGAAUGGUGGGGAGUAUUCGCCAGUGCUCGAAAUUCUUUUGGCAACCCCACAAUUCCACUAGCUUCAUGCACAUCGUGAACUGGAACGAGGGCGUCGUGUGACAUGGUAAAAAUUAACCUCGAAAGGGACGCCAUCCAGCGCUUAGGUCAAGCAAAGUCGUUGCCAGGGAAUACAAAAAUUUGCUCGUAUUGAAUCGUCGACUUGCUCUGAGCCAGUAGAUUGACUGUGGUGUGCACCGUGCGGCUGUUACAUUGUGUUCCAGCUUGUGCGUGUACUGCUCUGCUAUAGAGCCUGGACAACGUAACCCCCUAACAACUCCAGUGCAGUGACCCACCGCCGUAUCCACUCAUUCUGUCGGCCUGCCGCUGCUGCUUAGAUUUCUUGUUUUGCCAGCCUGUCACUGCUUAAGGCUCUGGCGUGUAGAAGUGGCCUUAGUGUAUCCAUAUUAUCACCCGAAUUGGGUACUUCCAUUUACUUAUCCUCAAUCAUCUCCCCGCGGUUCAGAAUUCCUCUUCAAAUGUGUAUAGAUCUCCCUGUACUGAGUCCCAUGUGAGAAGUCUUUGCAAGGUGCAGUUCUACGAUUUGACGGAGGAUGAGCUCUGACCAUUUGAUUCAUAAGUGGGCUGAAAGCAGUACCUCCAAACAACUAAAUUAUCGAACUGUUGAAACCCCUAAUAGUUACCCUUCAUAGUGUAGACAUGGGCUCUUUCAGUCGUAGGUAGAGCAUAUUCAUAACACUAAAUGUUAAUACCUUACCUGAGUUAUCAAAUUGUUCAGUGCAUUUUUACAGCUUUUAAAUUACAGGGUUCAUUUGAAUCUUGCAUCAAA